AUGGGUAUUCCAUCCUCAUUACCCACAAACCCUAACCCCAGCCCCAGUCCGCCAUUACCUCAGUCACCGCCACCACAAACGCCGCCAUUACCUCAAUCGCCACCACCUCAGUCACCGCCACCACCCCCAAGCCAAAUACCACCUCUCAUUCCGCCGACUCCCCUCUCGCCGCAAUCCGAGCCACAAAACGAAACUGGUGUUACAGAAACACCAAUUCCCGACUCCCAUUCCGCAGAACCAGCGCCUGAACCUGUGCCUACUCAAACGAAAACCCAAAGCAAAACAAAAAAGGCUGCAAGUAAACCUAAGAAAACCCCUGUGGGAAAACGGAAACGAGUACCCUCUGUUCCUUUCGACCUGAAUUCUCCACCUCAGCCGUCCUCUGAACCAGUUAGCAAAAGGACCAGGUCUUCCUCACAAACUCCAGCACCAGUGACCCAAUCACCAAUAACUCAGUCUCCCUUACACUCUCCAGCACCUGCGUCAUCUGCAGAUACUAUAGAGGAGGGAACCAGGUACAAGGAUCUAACCCUCGAAUUUUUGAGUUCCCUAAGGUUGAGUUUCAAACCAACAGUGCCUGAACAUAAAGAUAUGAUAUAUUUUCGAUGUGCUGGAAUUGAUAGGGAAUUAGACAUGGCUGCUAUGAAUGCAAUUUUUGGUUUUCGUGAUUCAGAUAUAAAAACAUGGAGUGGCAAAGAAACUGUUUAUGACCUGUUCAAUUCUGGAAGGAUAUUGCACCUUUUGGAGGUUAUUAUAGGCAGAGGACUGCAAAAGCCUCUAGGAUAG